AUGGGUUGUCUUCAUAAAUCUCUUCUUUUGCAAACAGAGGUACGUUGGCUAUCCAGAGGGCAAGUUUUGACAAGAUUAGUGGAAUUACGCAAUGAAGUCACAGUUUACUUGAUAGGAAAAAAUCAAUAUCUUGAAUCUUUACUGAACAACGAAUUUAUUCUCAAGCUAACAUACUUGGCGGAUAUUUUCUCAAUGUUAUACGAACUUAAUUUGUAUUUGCAAGGAUCAGAGGGAUACGACAUUUUUGCAGUUCACCAUAAAAUUCGAGCGUUCAUGAAAAAGCUUGUCUUGUGGAAGAGAUGCAUUGAGGAAGGCAAAUAUGAUUGUUUAGAAACGUUUCAAAAAUGUAUCAUAGAGAGCGAAAUACAGCCUGAUAUUAAUUUAGUGUCUGCCAUUUCCAUUCAUUUAAUGGAGUUGAAAAAUAACUUUGACGUCUAUUUUGGGGAAGAGAUGAAGAAGUUCGAUACAAUGAGCUGGAUUUGUUAUCCGUUUCAAGACAACUUGCAAACUGGAUUGUCACUAAAAGCAAGUGAAGAACUUAUUGACUUAUCAGAAGAUACAUCGCUAAAAACCACCUUUAAUCGUAAGCAAUUAACGAAAUUUUGGCUUUCACUUGCUGAUACCCAUCCUUGCUUAUUUGAUGAAGCCAUGAAAGGUCUUGUUCCUUUCACUACCUCCUAUUUAUGUGAAGUAGGAUUUUCAGCUAUGGUUCACAUUAAAACCAAGUGCCGAAAUAAAUUGGACGUGACAAACUCAUUGCGAUUAAAAGUAACUAAAAUCGAAAUCGACGCUAAAGCGGAAAUGGCAAGAAAUGACAUCAUACUCACUGAAUUAUCACAUCUUAUAUUUAGUAAAUAA